AAAUAAAAUUUUUUCAGCUCGACAACUGACAGCCCACUGACGUCUAGCCAAAAUAAUUCGAGAAUCGUAAUCGUGUAGUCACAAAAUACUUGAUAUGGUUGAAUGGUAAAAGUAAAAGACACUUGGGUGAGUGGUUGACUGACUGAAUUGUUGUAAAUUGGGAACUGUGAACGCGAACGUCAUGGCUGACUCACUAUCACCACUUACUAUAAUCUAGUACAAGACAAGGAACAUUUUUGUUAGGAUAAUAAACGAAAAAUGCUGCUACAAACUGUUACGGCUCUACGACUACAGCUGAGUCAAUAGGCGUUACAUGUAUACGUUAACUCAGUUCAUUGUGUUGUUUAAAUAUAUAUCCCGAUGUAUAUAUAAAUAAUAUAAGUGAUUAUUGGUGAUAAUUUAAAUCUGAAUAAGUAUUAUUACUGUCACCAUCAUCGUCAUCGUCAUCGUCAUCGUCAUCGUCGUUACCACUGAUACAAUAUUCCUUUUAAAUAAAUAAAUAAAUAAAUAAUAAACAAUAAUAACAGAUGCGUAGAAUGAUCGAGGGUUGGUGAUAUCUUCAAGUGCUUCCGCGAGUGAUUGAAGUUUUAAAUUCCUGUCAAGUUAUUGGUGACUGGUAAAGCGUAAAAUAUCAAAUAUUUACAAUAAUCAUAAUGAAUUCAUUAGGGGAAUUCUGCUCACUCUUUUGCUGUCCACCUUGUCCGUCCAGGAUCGUUGCUAAAUUAGCAUUCGCACCUCCAGAACCUACAUACAGUUUUGUUGAAGACGAAGGAUCAAAGUUUACAAUAUCUUUGUCGAAAAGAGCCGAGUGGCACUACACAGAACGUGAAAAGGAAUCAAUUGAAGGGUUUUACGCAAGAACAUCCCGUGGAAAUCGCAUCGCGUGUUUGUUUGUUCGGUGUUCAGCAACUGCCAGAUUCACCAUUCUCUUUUCCCAUGGCAAUGCCGUUGAUCUGGGUCAAAUGUCAAGCUUUUAUCUCGGACUGGGAUCUAGGAUCAAUUGUAAUAUAUUUAGUUACGACUACUCCGGUUACGGGGUCUCGGGUGGAAAGCCCUCGGAGAAGAAUCUCUACGCGGACAUCGACGCUGCCUGGCAUGCAUUGAGAACCCGCUAUGGAAUCAGCCCCGAAAAUAUAAUCCUGUAUGGCCAGAGUAUUGGUACUGUACCAACUGUUGAUUUGGCUGCCAGGUACGAGGUCGGUGCUGUCAUUCUGCAUUCGCCUCUGAUGUCGGGUAUGAGAGUUGCUUUUCCAAAUACAAAGAGAACUUGGUUUUUUGAUGCAUUUCUCAGCAUAGACAAAGUACCCAAAGUAAUGUCACCUGUAUUAGUGAUUCACGGCACGGAGGAUGAUGUCAUAAACAUCAGUCAUGGCUUAGCGAUAUAUGAAAGAUGUCCACGAGCUGUUGAACCUCUUUGGGUUGAGGGAGCUGGUCACAAUGAUGUCGAAUUGUAUAACCAGUAUUUGGAAAGAUUGAAACACUUUGUAAGUGUCGAGUUGGUAAACUGACGUCGAUUGAGCUGCUCACAGAGCCAGCAACAGCAACAGCAAGAAGUCGUUGGUGU